UGAGUCUUACUUCAACUCCAAUUUCCAAUUAACACCAUUCCAACAACAUUCUAAUCCCAAUACUAAUUAUAAUUAAUCUCAACUAAUUAACACUAAUCCGAUCCCUUUUUUUCGAAUCCAUUCAAACACAACAAAAAAUCAAACACAACACAGACACAAACACAAUCACUAACACAACCAUCGUAUCAUCGUACAAUGUCAACGACAACGAGUACAACGGAAUCGCGAGUGCACGACGCUGCACGGAACCGUUUGGCUACGCUCACAGCUCACUUGCUUCCGUCUUCCACAACCACCGCCGAGGGACUUGUCCAGCCUCACCAUCUUUCUGCUUCGUCCGGGAUCUCUCCGCCGUCGAAUGUUAAAGGGACUCUCACCGUUGUUGAUGAACGUACCGGGAAGAAGUAUAGUAUUGAGGUCUCUCCUGAUGGGACUGUCAAAGCCAAUGAUUUCAAGAAGAUAUCAACUGGGAAGAAUGAUAAGGGACUCAAGCUUUAUGACCCUGGAUAUUUAAACACUGCUCCUGUGCGUUCCACAAUUUCUUAUAUUGAUGGUGAUGAGGGAAUCCUUAGAUAUAGAGGAUACCCCAUUGAGGAGUUGGCUGAGAAAAGUACCUUUCCGGAAGUGGCAUAUCUCAUAUUGUAUGGAAACUUGCCUUCUGCACGUCAGUUACAAGAUUGGGAGUUUGCUAUAUCUCAACAUUCAGCUGUACCACAAGGAGUUUUGGACCUCAUACAAUCAAUGCCUCAAGAUGCACAUCCUAUGGGUGUUCUUGUUAACGCUCUAAGUGCUUUAUCUGUUUACCAUCCUGAUGCAAAUCCUGCUCUCAGAGGUCUUGAUAUCUACAACUCAAAGCAAGUAAGAGACAAACAAAUAGUGCGGAUUAUUGGAAAGAUAACAACAAUUGCUGCUGCGAUUAAUCUUAGACUCGCAGGAAGGCCACCUGUGCUUCCAUCCAACAAACUGUCUUACACAGAGAACUUCCUUUACAUGCUUGAUUCUCUUGGCAAUCCCUCAUAUAAACCAAAUCCUCGUCUAACUCGUGCACUGGACAUCAUCUUCAUCCUGCAUGCUGAGCAUGAAAUGAAUUGCUCUACAUCUACUGUACGUCACCUUGCAUCAAGUGGUGUUGAUGUAUACACUGCUAUUGCUGGUGGUGUUGGAGCUCUAUAUGGACCUCUUCAUGGUGGAGCUAAUGAGGCCGUCCUCAAAAUGCUGAGUGAAAUCGGAAAUGUUGAUAAUAUUCCAGAGUUCAUUGAGGGUGUUAAAGCAAGGAAACGAAAGAUGAGUGGUUUUGGACAUCGUGUGUACAAAAACUAUGAUCCUAGAGCAAAGGUCUUAAAGAAAUUGACAGAGGAAGUGUUUUCCAUUGUUGGCCGGGAUCCUCUGAUAGAGGUUGCUGUUGCCUUGGAGAAGGUUGCUCUUUCUGAUGAGUAUUUUAUCAAGAGGAAGCUAUAUCCAAAUGUUGACUUCUACUCUGGAUUAAUAUAUAGGGCUAUGGGAUUUCCACCCGAAUUUUUCACUAUUUUAUUUGCUAUCCCUCGUAUGGCUGGAUACUUAUCACAUUGGCGGGAGUCCUUGGAUGAUCCUGAUACAAAGAUUAUGAGACCUCAACAGGUAUAUGUUGGAGAAUGGCUGCGACAUUAUGCACCAAGCAAAGAAAGAACUGUGUCAACUGACAGUAACACCGACAAGCUUGGUCAGUUAUCUGUAUCGAAUGCGUCAAAGAGGCGACUAGCUGGAUCUGGGAUUUAAGUCUACAGACGCUACUUGAACUUACAAGCGAAUUUUCAAGAGAUAAUGAAUAAUAAUGAAUAAAGUAAAUGUUACUAUUUAUUUCCUUGCAUACAAAUCAAAUUAUCUGUAUCUGUUGCUUAAUUUAUUUUGCUAUAGCUAGGAAGUGGCAAAAAUUUCCUGAAGUAAGUAUGUCACUGCAUAAAUAAUAAUAUAAGCUUAUGUCUUUCAACUAUGCAAGUAGUGCAUGUAAUUUUUAUGGUUGGAACUUAACAUUUAUGAAAAUAAGCAAAACUAAUAUUUGUU